AUGGCUGCCCCUGCUGCGAAGAUGGCCAAGAUUGCCGGUUGGAGCGACGAAGAUGCCAAGCGCUUCUUUGAGCAUGUCGAGAACAACCAGAAGGAGUACAUCCAACGCCUGGCUGAGGCCGUAGCCAUCGACUCUGUCUCUGGCGACGCUGAUCGCCGCGACAAGGUCGUGGAAAUGGGCAAGUGGCUGGCACAAUGGAUUGAGAAGAUUGGCGGCACCGUCGAGCUCAAGGACAUUGGCACUCAGGAAAUGUCCACGGACAGUGGAUCCAUCACCCUUCCUCUGCCGCCCGUCCUCUUUGGCACCUAUGGCGCUGAUCCCAAGAAGAAGACUCUGCUUGUUUAUGGUCACUACGAUGUGCAGCCCGCAGCCAAGUCGGAUGGCUGGGACACCGAGCCUUUUGUUCUGACGGAGAAGGAGGGCCGCCUCUAUGGCCGCGGCAGCUCGGACGACAAGGGCCCUGUCCUUGGCUGGCUUUGGGUCAUUGAGGCUGCGCGUGCCCUGAACAUGGAGCUUCCCGUCAACAUCAAGAUGGUUUUUGAGGGCAUGGAGGAGAGCGGCAGCGAGGGCCUCGAUGACCUGAUCAUGGCCGAGGCCAACGGCUUUUUGGGUGAUGUCGACGUGGUCUGCAUCAGUGACAACUACUGGCUGGGCACUCGCAAGCCUUGCAUCACCUACGGUCUGCGCGGUAUCUGCUACUUUUUUAUCGAGGUGGAGGGUGCCAGCAAGGACCUUCAUUCGGGUGUCUUCGGUGGUACUGUGCACGAGGCAAUGACCGACGUCAUCGCCCUCAUGUCCAAGCUUGUGUCCCCCAAGGGAGAGAUUUUGGUCCCUGGCAUCAGCGACUCGGUUCAAGGCGUGACUGAGGAGGAGCUCAAGACCUAUGAUCCCAUUGACUUUGAUCUCGACGGCUACCGCAAGGAUGCUGGCGUGGUUGGCGAGCUUCCUCAUCCCAACAAGAACGACACCCUCAUGCGCCGUUGGCGUUUCCCCUCGCUCUCGCUGCACGGCAUCGAGGGCGCUUUUGCCGGCAAGGGCGCCAAGACUGUCAUCCCACGUAAAGUCAUUGGCAAAUUCUCCAUCCGUCUUGUGCCUGAUCAAGAUCCUCAAGACAUCAUUGCCAAGGUGAACAAAUACCUUGAAGCCGAGUUUGCCAAGCUCGGCAGCACCAACAAGCUGACUCUCAGCUGUGGCCAUGCUGGUCGCCCCUGGGUUGCCAACUUCAACGAUCCCAACUACAUUGCUGGCCGUCUCGCUACCCAGCAGGUGUACAACGUGGAGCCUGACCUUACCCGUGAGGGUGGCAGCAUCCCCGUGACUCUUACCUUCCAGGAAGCCACCAAGAAGAACGUCAUGCUGUUGCCCAUGGGUCGCAGUGAUGAUGGUGCUCACUCUCAAAACGAGAAGCUGGACAUCAGCCCUGGGGCGCGCAGCAACUACAUUGGGGGCAUCAAGUUGUUGGGCAGCUACAUCUUCCACCUCGGGGCCCAGCUCGCAUAA